AUGGCUACGGUGCAGGCUUCCGCUAAGACGGAGGCGGUACCACGGCCAGGCUCUGUUGAUGGCGGCACUCACUCAACGCAGCAGCAGCUCGUCGAGGCUGCCGUCGCCAGCUCUGAAGCUGAAAUCAAGCUGCCACGUAUGGAACUUUUCAAGCGCUACCGUCCCGCCGCCAUAUACUCCGCGCUUUUAUCCAUGGCUCUGAUCAUGGAGGGGAUGGAUGUCGGUCUCAUCAACAACUUCUUCGCCCACCCUGCCUACCGUCGGAGGUUUGGCAACGAUUACAACGUGAAAGGUGAACUGGUUGUCUCAACCCAAUGGCAAACGAUCAUCGGAGCCGGUAACAACGUUGGCUCUAUCCUCGGUCUCCUGGUCAACGGUUGGCUUCAGUCUCGCUACGGUUCUCGCAGGGUGUACUUGGGAGCGAUGGUGCUCAUGGCAGCCACCAUUUUUAUUCUCUUUUUCGCGCAGAAUGUUGAAAUGCUUCUCGUCGGUAACAUCUUGUGCGGUAUUCCCUGGGGUAUCUUCCAAACUCUUACGACCGCCUACGCUGCCGAAAUUGCCCCCACCGCGAUGCGUGGCUACCUGACUGCCUGGGUGUCUAUGUGCUGGGGCGCUGGCUCCUUUCUGGCCGCUGGUGUGCUUAAAGGCACCAUCGACAUUCAAGGCAAUGCCGGCUGGCAGAUCCCCUACGGUCUCCAGUGGAUGUGGGUCCCCCCUUUGUUCCUCGUCGCCUGGUUCGCUCCCGAGUCGCCCUGGUAUCUCAUCCGCCGUGGCAAGAUUGACGAGGCUGAGAAGAGUCUGCACCGCUUGGCUCGCCCAGGGCACUACACAGAGCAGUCAAUGCGUGAGACUCUUGCCCUCAUGAAGCACACUAAUGAGAUGGAGAGACUGGAGGCCAAGAGCGCUAGCUAUGCAGACUGCUUUCGUGGCGAGAAUAAGCGCCGUACAUACAUCGUCAGCAUGGCCUGGCUCAUUCAGAUCUUCAAUGGGCAGUCCAUCACCAACUAUGCCGCAACAAUGCUUCGUUCCAUCGGCAUGAGCGCUACCGACGCCUUCAGCUACACUAUGGGUAUUCAGUCAGUCAACAUCUUCGCCACCAUAAUCGCCAUUGCCCUCAUGGGCUCAGUUGGCCGCCGCACCUUCUACCUUUAUGGCUCGGCGUCCAUCGGCCUCUGCAUGCUUGUCGUUGGUAUCAUGGGCUUUGCCAUCAAAUCGGCCUCGGACGUUGCCAUCCCCGUUGCCGUCUUUCUCAUCUUUGUCCAAAUUGCUUUCAAGAUCUCUCUCGGCCCGACAACCUAUGUUAUAGCGGGCGAGAUGGCCUCGUCUCGCGUUCGCGCCCAAACCAUCGUCAUUGGUCGUUCUCUCUACGUCUGCGGCCAGAUCGCUGUCCAGCAGCUCAACCCCCGCAUGCUCAACAACGAUCCCACUGCAUGGAACUGGGGUGCAAAGACUGGUAUGUUUUACUUUGGCUUUUGUCUGCUCUGGGUGGUCUGGAUCUUUUUCUUCCUUCCUGAGACAAAGGAUCGAAGCUUCGCCGAGAUCGAUUACCUUUUCAAGAAGAAGACGUCUGCCCGCAAGUUUCGUGGUGCGCCGGUCGACUGUAAGUUCUAG